AUGGCAGCUGCGUGGAAAGCCGCUGGUUUGACCUACAACCGCUACCUGGCCGUCGCUGCCCGCGCCGUCCGCAGAUCUCUCAAGGACGGCCCUCGUCUCGCUGCGGAGCGCCGUGGACAGUCGGAACUGCGUUUUUCCAAGUGGGAGAACGGCAAGCAGGGCGAAGUCAAGACCAUCGCCGAAACCAACCAGCAGGCUGCUCAGGCCGAGUCGAAGUAG